GAUACUAAUUUAAGGACCCCAGGCUGCGUCUGGGUAUCCAUGGAAACCAAACGCGGCGGAAACAGCAUAUGAUUCCACCACCUGCGAGUGCCGGACAGCAUCCUCUUAUUCAGGAGGAUAAAGGUUACGGCUGGCCCCUUAGAGAACCAGAAGAUGGAGUCAUUUUCAAUGAUGGAUGUCCUGAGGGUGUGCACAGUGCUGGAGGACAGUCUGGAUCAGCUUUCCAUCCUAGGAUUUAUCAUGCCAGUCUCUUACCGUGGCCGAGGUGAUAUUGUUGGAAAUGAAAUUGGUAAAAUCUUGAAGACUCAGAGGCAACUGCAGGGAACGUUUGAGGAACUGAUUGGAAGCCGUGCGGAUGUCCAAUUGGCGCCACCUCCCAUGUCACAUAAGUUGCUACAUUUGAAAGAUCAGAUGCAUGAAACAAGUGAAAAGCUGAAAAUGAGCAAUGUACAGUUUCUGAAGGCUGUGAAGCAAAGUCCUUUAACUUCUGACAACCUAAAGAAGGUCCAGGCUGACAGACAAUUUGCAGCAGACAUCAUUGCUGAUAUGUUGAUUGAGCUGGAAACCUCAGGGUCAUUUCUGAGCCUACAGCGUGCCGUGGCCAUGGAGAAAGAGAAAAAAGCAAACUUCUACGACACAAUAGCAAGAGAACAAGAAGGAAGGAAGAAGAUAAAAGCUUUGCAGAAGCAGCUGCAGGAUGUCAGACUGGAGAAGAAAGUGGAGAUGCAGAGUCGUACUGAACUCAUCGCCCACCUCAAGGAUCAACUGCAGGAGAUGAAAGCCAAAACCAGCAUGGAAGGCAGGUAUGCAAAGAAGGACACAGAGCUGCAAGUGUCUCAGACACAGAGAAAAUGCAACAUAGUAGAGUCUGAUCUGCAGCUGGAGAUACAGAAAAUAAAAGAAAAGACAGAUGAGGAGAUAAGAGUGCACGUAGAGAUUGAAAAUUUCCUAAGGCAGCAUCAGCAGGAGUUGGAAGAGAAGUUGGAAUAUUGGAUGGAGAAGUAUGACAAAGACACAGAGGAGAAGCAGGCCGAACUGAAUGCUCUGAAGACUGCCAAAGUUAAUGACCUGACGCUGCUGCAGGAUCUUGCCAAACAAUAUACAGAGUAUGAGAAAGUGAUUAUUGAAGACCGUUUGGAGAAGGAGAAAGCCCAGCAGCAGAAGAAACAGAAAAAGUUGGAACUAGCAAGUGCAAUCAAGAUACAAGCCUGGUGGAGAGGCAUGAUGGUGCGAAAAGGCCUAGGACCUUACAAGAAGUCGAAAAGCAAAAAAGGGAAAGAAAAAGACAAAAAGGAUAAAGGCAAAAAAGGAGGCAAGAAGAAAAAGUGAUAUUACAAUACAAUACUUGGUGAAAACAACAUCAAAAGCCAUGCCCAAUAGAGGCUCUGAUCGAUCAACAUACACAUAAUGACGACUGUAAUAAAAACAUGCCUGUUUGUGGCCCA